CUCUGUUCUAGAAUCAACUAUCCACUCAUCCAGUAUCAAUACCCGACAUAGCCGUCACGUUUUCUUGACUGCCUUAUCUUGGACACUGAAGAUCUGAACGCUGAGCUCUCGCCCCGGUGUAUUGUACUCCAGAAAACCAUGACUGCCCCAACAACAACAGCUCCACACGCCACCAACGGGUCCACAGCUGCUCCGCAGAGCAACCUGGGCCCGUCCGAGGUGUCGUCACGGGCCGCCACACCGCCGGGCGGAGGCGACGUGCUCAUCCGCGCCGCUACGGUCGGCGACGCGCCAGCGAUCGCGGGGAUCGGGUCACGCUCCUUCUUCCAGACGUUUGUCGGGACGUGCUCCGACGCCGACAUGCAGGCGUACCUCGACGAGUACUUUAGCGAGGGCAAGAUUGCGGAGGAGUUGCGUAACCCCCACCUCACGUUCCUCGUCGCGUCCUUCACCGAGGGCGGACAGGAGGUCGUCGCGGCGUUCUCGGCGCUGCGCACCGACACCACCGAGACCUGUGUCGAGCACAUCCCGGCUGCGGAGCGCAUCGAGCUCCAGCGCAUCUACGCAGACUACCAGUACCAUGGGCGAGGGAUCGCCAAGAAACUCAUCGACGCGACGCUCGCCAAGGCCAAGGAGCUCGGACCAAAGUAUGUCUGGCUUGGAGUCUGGGAGAGCAACGAACGCGCCAAAAGCUUCUACAAGAAGAUUGGGUUCACCCAGAUUGGUAGCCAUGACUUCUUUGUCGGCGAGGAGCGGCAGACGGACCAUAUCCUCGGCAAGGAGCUCUAAUGGACUUCCCGUCACUGGCUGCGGCCCACACUUAGAGACUCUGGUCAACAACUUUACGAUCCCAA